UCCAUCCCUUCGAUACUGUCUUGCUAUGUGCCUAAGAUGUCGUCUGCCAAGUUCAUACCACUAUCCUACUCUUCUAUGUACUGUAUGUACCUAGGUAGUACCGAUACCUACAGAGUGGCUGCCCCUCCUUCUGUUGCUGUUGAUCUUAACCCCACCAUUUAAUUGUACGGCUUCGAACAUCGACAACAUCUCACCUCGAACAUCAUAGUCUCGCCAAACACCUGGCAACAGUAAAGCGUGCGCACAUUCCCGAGCAACAAGGAGCUCUAGAUUAAUUCACAGAAGAGAGGAAAAGGCAGCAACAAGAGCAAACCAUGUACUCCCACACCCCGCCCGCGCCGCCUCCGAAACCGCCAGGGAGCCACGAUGUAAGCCGGAUGAGCACGCCCGCGUCCCUGGAGCCGCCCCGCCCUCCACCUCUGCCAGAAGCAAUCGCAGGCGAACUGGCCGACGUGGCACUCUCGGCCGAGGAGCGUGCCGCCGCCGCCGCCGGCCAGUCAGCGCAACCGACCCAGAACCAGAUCAUCGAGGACCCCGGAGACCAAUGGCUGCCUGCGUUCCUGCAAGAUAAAUCAAAACAAGACCUAGCCGAGAUCCUCUCGGACACCGCCACUCUCUCAGCUCUAACCCACGCCCCACGGACGGCGCACCCAUCGCUACGGCAGUCUCACGAAGUGCUACAGUCCGCGCUGGCGGAGAACAUGGAGCGGGCGGCAUCCCUGGCGCGGCUCGAAGCGCGCAUGCAGCAACAGCGCGAGGCGGCGCAGGGCCAGCUGCUCGCGACACACGCGCUGGAGAGGCAGUGGCGCGCCAAACAGUCCGCCAUGGACCACGCGCUGUCGCCCUUUGCGCCGGCCAGCCUGUACCAGCGCCUCGCGCAGGGCGUGCAGGAGCAGGAGGCCGUGUGCCGGGCGCUCGAAGAGAGCUUUUUAGAGGGCGAAGGGGACGGGGCGCUGGCCACCGAGAGGGAGGUUUCCGAGUGGAUCAGGAGGUACAGGGAGGCCAGGAAGGUGUAUUACCUGCGGCAGGCGAGGAAGGAGAGGUGGGAUGAGGGCCGGGUCGGGGGUUGGAGGUGACGUGAGGAGUUUGGUGGGGGGGAAGAUAUAGUCAAGAUUCAUCAUUGUGAAAGAGAAUCACGGGCGAUGUCUGCGAGGAAGAACAAGAAGUGAUAGGGCUUACGAGAUGCUCCAGCAAGCAUGGUUACCGUGUGCGGAGCACAUGAGCUAGGCUACAGCAAGGCGAGUAACAGCACGGACGGUAGACGGAAUACCGAAGAAGGUCAGGUAUCCGCAGGAAGCGAGGGUCUCCAUAGGCCAUGGGGGUAACAGGUGCUCAUCAGCUAAUUGAAAGGUAUCAACUACAGCCUCUUCGCGCCGAAAGUUUUGAAUCCACCACCUCAUAGGUGUAUAUUGACCCCUUCACCAACGGUCGUUUGGUCUAACCGGGAAUCCAG